CCCGAUGUUCGCGCGAACAAGUUCGCCGGCGAACAGUUCGCGACAUCUCUACUACUGAAUUAUCUAUUAAAGGAUGUCAGAAGGAACUUCGCCCGGCGUACCUAAUACAGGAGCCGCAACUUUUGCCUAUAACGAUGUAGAGAUCAACAGAAUCCUUGCAGAGAUAAAUACGGACCCUAUGCUGUUUGAAGAUAAACCUCUACAUACUAACCUGGCAAAAGACCUUCUAUAUGUACAAAGAAAGGAAACACACAUCACUCUACAUGUGAGUACCCUAGCCGAAUAUAUUAAACUCAGGCGUAUCCCAAGAGGCUUGCGACUAGAUAUCAGACCUAAUCUGUGUGCCAACGACAAAGUGUUGCAACAGAAAUGGUUUGAGAUUUGUAAUAAAUGCAGCAUUGAUCUUAUGGUACUCACCGUUGAAAGAUUAACCAUUAAACUACAAGAAACCCGCCUAGCUAUAGAUGAACUGAAAACCAAGGCACUGGAAGAACUUGGAUCACAAAAACUUACUGAGAUACUGGUGGAGCACAACCACACUCUUAGCAAGCUAAGGGAAAGCAUCAAAGAAAGAAAGCGCGCCAAGUUUGAACGAGACGCCAGCGACUAUAGAGAGAACAGAGUCUACUCAUGGAAGGAGGAGCGAAAAUGGCAGCGUUCGCAGGAGAACCAGCAGACCGGACUGCCCGCAUCCACCUACCGGCAACCACGAGGCAACCAGCGCACUACAGUGGAUCUAUCCGGGAGAUUCCCAGAAGGCACACUGAGAAGGCAGCAGGGACCAACGUAUACAGCCGCGACCAGCAGCGAAGACUCGGCAACGUCUAUGCAGGCGUCCUCAAGCUCCUUGGCGUCCUCGGUUUCUUUUUUGGAUCCGCGCACUGCGACACAAGACAGCGACCGGAAACAGCACCACAACAAAGGAUCGAGAGGUGUCAGAGGUCGUUAUCCGAAACGGACCCGCAAGCAAACCAGAUUUUGACCCCAUAGCUACACAUUCAGAAUGUUUCAGAAUCCAGUUAUGGUAACGUACAGUAUUUAUGGCUACUUUAUCAUGUAGAAUAUGUUUAAGUCCGAGAGGACUCUGAGUCAGUUUCAGCCAAUUGAGAGACAGAUUGGGCUAGUAGGCCGUAUGUGGCAGUACUAACAAGGGUUCGCCCAUUGGUCCCCUGUUUUUAACCCCUCUUUUACUCUCGUUUAUAUUGUAUUGAUAUUUUCCUUUCUCUACAGCACUUGGUGACAGCUGAAGCGUAUCACGAAUAAAAAUUGAAUGAGAAGCACAAAGGCCCUUAGCCUGUUGAAAUUGUACUCUAUUACAUAAGGACACGUUUUACAUUGUUGCAAACUGAAGUUAUCUUUAUUUACUUUUGAAGCAUUAUCUACUUUUGAAACAUUGUUCUUUUUUUUUUUUCCCCCCCACCUGUUUACCACUUGGAGGAUGGUCUUAACGCUUUGAUGUCAUUUCCUGUUAAACACUAUAUUAUACAUUGUUUCACAUCCUUUGUAUACACUUGACAAAGAGUCCAUUGAGACUCGAAACAUGUUGUGUUGAACAAUAAACACCUAAUUGAGCAGUUAAUCCUGCAGUCUGGAUCGUUCCUUGAAAACUUUAUUUUGUGGAUUGAUACGUUCGCACGCACGGCGGAGGUGCAUCACAAGGUUUCGAUCGGAAGUUUUGCUUGCAUUUGUUUGAGGUAACUAGCAACAGUGAUUUAUUUAUCCUAAAAAUUUAAUAUGAUUGUUUCCA